UUGGCGUCUAUUCUUAGUCUAGUUUGUGCCGAUGACUUUAGGCCUGUUCAUUAAUUUUGUGUGGAUCACUCUCUUUGUACAUGACAGAAAGAUGAUGAAUCCUAACCUAACUCACAGAUUAAUGAGAAAUUCGAAAUGAAUGCAUUUGAAAAGUUUAAGAAUGUCCCACGACCAGGAACUAUUAUCAGUAUCAGUAUCUGUGUGUGCUGGCUGGUGUGUGCUGGCUGGCGGCUGACUAGGCUGGCGAUGACAGUCCCAGAGCUCUAUACUUUUUGCCAAACGUGAUGCCUCAUGGAUUUGUAGCAAGGGUUCCGAGUCACCAGAUCUCAGAUCUGACCCGGUACCACUGUCUGAAGAAAGUGUAUUCGGUGCCAAGGCUUCAAGAUACGUCCCCGGCAGCCCUUCCCACAGCCUUCCCAGGGGAGCCAAGCCUUCGGGCAGGACACAGUGCUGGGAACAGGUGUCAGACACAUACUGCCCGCCCACAGCUGCCCCAGGCUGGCAGGCAGACAACUCAAAGGACUCGGUGCAUAGCGUAAUGUCCAUGUUGUCCUACACUCUGAUCACAGCUCUUUUGAUCGGCAUACAGGCAGAACCACACCCAGAGAGCAAUGUCCCAGCAGGACACGCCAUCCCCCAAGCCCACUGGACUAAGCUUCAGCAUUCCCUCGACACAGCCCUCCGCAGAGCCCGCAGCACCCCGGCCGGGGCAAUAGCCGCGAGGGUGGCAGGGCAGACCCGCAACAUCACUGUGGACCCCAAACUUUUUAAAAAGCGGCGACUGCGUUCCCCCCGCGUGCUGUUCAGCACGCACCCCCCACCUGUGGCUGCAGAUACUCAGGGUCUGGACUUGGAGGCGGGUGGUGCUGCCUCCUUCAACAGGACUCACAGGAGCAAGCGGUCGUCGUCGCACCCUGUCUUCCACCGGGGGGAGUUCUCGGUGUGCGACAGCGUCAGCGUGUGGGUGGGGGACAAGACCACCGCCACGGACAUCAAGGGCAAGGAGGUGAUGGUGCUGGGAGAGGUGAACAUUAACAACAGUGUGUUCAAACAGUACUUUUUUGAGACCAAGUGCCGGGACCCCACUCCUGUGGACAGCGGGUGCAGGGGCAUCGACUCGAAGCACUGGAACUCAUACUGUACCACGACGCACACCUUCGUCAAGGCGCUGACCAUGGACGGCAAGCAGGCCGCCUGGCGGUUCAUCCGGAUCGACACGGCCUGUGUGUGUGUGCUCAGCAGGAAGGCUGGGAGAAGAGCCUGACCUGCAGGACAGCCCCCACCCUCCCCGAGCUCCCCCUCCACACCCUCCUGGGCCCCUCCCUACCUCAACCUGUAAAUUAUUUUAAAUUAUAAGGACUGCAUGGUAAUUUAUAGUUUAUACAGUUUUAAAAAAUCAUUAUUUAUUAAAUUUUUGGAAGCA